AUGCCGGCUUCGAAAAUGUCGCCUCCCCAAAAUGCCACUUUUGGAAGGAAACGCUCCGCCGACGAGCUCGACGCCAACAUUGAGUUGAACUCUUCGCCGGCAUGCGAUGCGACUGCGCGAGGGCCGCCUUCUCCAAAGAAAGUAAAACUCGAAGAGGAUCUCAAUGGCGCGCGCAAGGAUUUCGCAAACGGAGAGACGAUCAGGAAAGGUCUCUCCAAGAGCAUCAUCAAGGAGACUGGCGAUAUGGUCGAGUUGCAACAGCUGAACAAGACCCAGGAACUAGAGCUGCAAAAGCGUCAUGUCCAGCUAAUGGCGCUUCACGACGAGAACGAGGAAUUGCUUCGCAAGGCGAAGAAAGCCGAGAGAGCGCGCAAGGCGCAGGAGGAAGUGGAGGUGGAGGCGGUGGAGGAGAUGAGGAGGAUCAAGGAAGAGCUCAAGAAGGCUCGCAAGGAGAACAACCGAAUCGAGGCCGAAUGCGAGGAAAAGUCUGCCAGCGACGCCAUGAAAGUUGCUUCUUUGCAGAAGAAGAUCGAUAGCAUGGUGAAGGAAGCCCAUAAAGACCAGAAGAAGAUCGAUGGCUUGGAGAAGGAAGUGCACAAGAAGCAAGAAGCACUGAAAGCAUCGAAAAAGGCCGCAGCUAUCGCCAAGGAACUCGCCUCGACCAAGUUGCGCAACGACGCAAGAAGCUUCUCUGGACGAUUGGAGAAGCGGGACGCGAUCAUCGAGCAGCUUGAGAAGGAGCUUAAGACUCGUGGAAUCGAAAUUCCCAAGCGGUCUGUGCAGACAGGACGACCAAAAUGA